GAGCCCCCACCCCACGUUCGUCCUCAACAGCCUCCUCCCCCUCUUUUUUCCUCAGGGGCGCUUGACGGAGAGUAACGAGGCUAACAGACAGCUCAACAUUGGCAGAAAUAAGGAAUAGAGGGAUCCGAGUGUUCUUACGAUCGGAUUGCCCUCACUCGGAGAAGAUGAGAAGAUCGCACGCGGCCCAGAGUCCAAUGCAGGGGAGCGAGAGCGACUAUGGGAACCCGGAGAUGUCGCCAAUGUCCCCGCGCGAUUGAUGCUUCUGCUUUCUGUCACUGUGCGUCCCUUCAUUGGAUUUUAUGACGCUUGGAUUGGUUCUUUUUGCACUGAGAUGUCAGUAAUGGCUCUGGCGAAAAGGAUGACACCUUGCCAGUAAGCACAGAAAAAAAUCAGUCGAUACUUGUGAUGAUCUAUUUUUGCAUUCGAAUAAAUUACCUGUGUGGUAAAAAGGAAGAAAACAGAAUUAACAUCGGGUUUCUAUCUGUAGCUGAGCCGCAAAUACAUGCGAGUAAACGUGAGCGCGAGGUGACCGAAGGCAGAUUAUAGCUACACCGUGCCAAAUAUUGCGGAUGUUGCGAAAUAAAUAAAUAAUAUUUUUUUUAAAUCGUGUUUUUUUCUUCUGAUUUAAAUAGAUGUUGACACUACACUCAUCGGAAUGUACAGUUAAACGGAACUCAAAUGAUUGAUUUAAAUUGUUUAAUUUUUGCUCACUUGGUUAUCACACCUAGAUCGUACAAAUGAUUGUAGCUAUGAUCAUUACAACCUGAUUUUUCAAGGAAAAGCACAGGAGAGAGACAGUUCUAGAAAAAACAAGGAUGGAGGCACAGAAAACGAGAGAUUUACUCAAGAACUGCACGGCAGUGGAAAUAUGUUGAUUUUGGACAUAAAAUGAGGUGAUGAUGAUGGACCAUUUUGUGUGUUGAAUUGGACAACGAACCUGUGAACUGCCCGUUUUUUAUUUUUAUUUUUUUGGUUACAUUUUGUUUGUCUUUCGUUCGGUUUAUUUUUGCUUUUCCUAAAAUUGAACCAUCAGCUCCUGAAGCCCAACGUCACAUUUAAAAGCCAUGAAGACAAAUGUGUACUCCAGUUAUACACGUAUUAAGUUUUGAAGCAGAUGGGAUGUAAUGUGGUGUGGUCGCGUUGAAUAUUCGCCCCUUUUUUUCCUGCUUCGUGAAGACUGGCAUUUGGUGUCGAUAGAAUGGCUCGGUUCGGAGAUGAGGUGCCGUCCAGGUAUGGCGGAGGACCGGGACACGCUCAAGGGGGCCCCGGCCGCGGCGGCAGCAGGCAGGGCGGCCCGCCGGGGACUCAGCAAAGAAUGUACAAGCAGUCAAUGGCCCAGCGAGCCAGAACUAUGGCCCUGUACAACCCUAUACCGGUGCGACAAAACUGCUUUACUGUCAACCGAUCUCUGUUUAUCUUCAGUGAGGACAACUUCGUGAGAAAAUACGCCAAAAAGAUCACCGAAUGGCCUCCAUUUGAGUACAUGAUCCUGGCAACUAUCAUUGCUAACUGCAUCGUCCUGGCCCUGGAACAGCACCUUCCAGACGGGGACAAGACACCUAUGUCAGAGCGUUUGGAGGACACAGAACCCUACUUCAUUGGCAUUUUCUGUUUCGAGUCAGGCAUUAAGAUAUUGGCUCUGGGCUUUGCCUUCCACAAGGGCUCCUACCUACGAAACGGUUGGAAUGUCAUGGACUUUGUAGUGGUGCUUACUGGAAUCCUUUCCACCGUGGGCUCAGACUUUGACCUGAGAACUCUGCGUGCUGUUCGAGUGUUGAGACCUCUCAAACUUGUGUCUGGGAUUCCCAGCUUACAGGUUGUGCUGAAAUCCAUCAUGAAGGCCAUGAUCCCUCUGCUUCAGAUCGGUCUGCUGCUCUUCUUUGCCAUCCUCAUGUUCGCCAUCAUUGGUCUGGAGUUCUACAUGGGCAAAUUUCACACCACUUGCUUUGAUAAGAUCACCGAUGAGAUCCGGGAGGAGUUUCCUUGUGGGGAGGAGGUUCCCGCUCGAAUAUGUCCUAAUGGAACCAUAUGCAAAAAGUACUGGCUUGGACCGAACUAUGGUAUUACUCAGUUUGACAACAUCCUGUUUGCCGUCCUCACAGUCUUUCAGUGCAUCACCAUGGAGGGCUGGACUGAUCUGCUGUACUAUAGCAAUGAUGCUGCAGGGAGUGCAUGGAACUGGAUGUACUUCAUCCCGCUCAUCAUCAUUGGCUCUUUCUUCAUGCUCAAUCUUGUGCUGGGUGUGCUGUCAGGGGAGUUUGCCAAAGAAAGGGAGCGUGUGGAGAACAGGAGCGAGUUCCUAAAGCUGAAGCGUCAGCAGCAGAUAGAGAGAGAGCUGAACGGAUAUCUGGAGUGGAUCUGCAAAGCAGAAGAAGUGAUUCUGGCUGACGAGGACAAUGACCCAGAUGACCGAAUGCCCUUUGAUGGCUCGAGGAGGAGGCCCACCAUUAAGAAGAGUAAAACAGACCUGCUGGAUGCAGAGGAUGGAGAUGGAGAUAUAGGUUCUCCAUUUGCACGGGGCAGUCUGAAAAGCUCCAAAUUGGAGGGCUCUUCCUUCCAUAAAAAGGAGCGUCGGCUGAGAUUCUUCAUUAGGCGUAUUGUGAAGACUCAAGCGUUCUACUGGACUGUUCUGUGUCUGGUGGGACUCAACACACUGUGUGUGGCUGUGGUUCAUUACGACCAGCCCGAAACGCUCUCCGACUUCCUUUACUUUGCUGAGUUCAUCUUUCUGGGCAUCUUUAUGUCAGAGAUGUGUAUUAAGAUGUAUGGACUGGGCACCAGACCUUAUUUUCACUCCUCCUUCAACUGUUUUGACUGCAUUGUCAUUUGUGGCAGCAUUUUCGAGGUGCUCUGGGCUAUGAUCCAGCCAGGAACCUCAUUUGGGAUCAGUGUGUUACGAGCUCUCAGGUUACUGAGGAUCUUCAAAGUGACCAAGUAUUGGGCGUCUCUGAGGAACCUGGUGGUGUCUUUGCUAAAUUCCAUGAAGUCCAUUAUCAGUUUACUCUUCCUCCUUUUCCUCUUCAUUGUGGUCUUUGCUUUGCUGGGGAUGCAGCUGUUUGGGGGACAGUUUAAUUUUGAAGCCGGCACACCACCAACGAACUUUGAUACUUUUCCUGCAGCAAUAAUGACAGUGUUUCAGAUCCUGACCGGUGAAGACUGGAACAUGGUCAUGUAUGAUGGGAUCGAGUCUCAGGGUGGAGUCAAAAAGGGCAUGGUCUUCUCAGUCUUCUUCAUCGUUCUUACGCUCUUCGGCAACUACACACUGCUCAAUGUGUUUUUGGCCAUCGCUGUGGAUAACCUGGCCAAUGCACAAGAGCUGACCAAGGAUGAACAGGAGGAAGAACAGGCAGCCAAUAAGAAAAUGGCUCUUCAGACGGCCAAGGAAGUAGCUGAGGUCAGCCCUCUGUCUGCAGCAAACCUCUCUAUCGCAGCUAAGGAGCAGCAGAAGAACCACAAAGGUUGUAAGUCGGUAUGGGAGCAGCGCACUAGUGAGUUAAGACGACAGACCCUCGUGAACAGCAGAGAGGCUCUUUAUAAUGAGUUGGACCCUGAAGACCGUUGGAAGGUCUCAUACUCCCGUCACAUACGUCCUGACAUGAAGACUCACCUGGACCGACCGUUAGUCGUGGACCCUCAGGAGAACCGCAAUAACAACACUAACAAAACCCGUCCGGGUGACGGCCAACCUCAGCAUUCCCAUCAGCUCCUGCACAAACAGCCCAACUUUAAUGAGGCCGAGAGUGGAGGAGGUGGAGGGUCUGAGUCCUGGCCCGCACUGGAAAGAGGAGACUCCACAGGGUCUCGCCGCAGUCUUUUGGGCUCUGAGCACUAUGGGGAGGGUAGAGAGUCCCACCGCAGACACCAGCACAGCCAGCACUGCAGUCAGGCCCGUCAGCAUCGCAGAGCUGCAGAGGAUGGUGGAGAGACCGGAGGGAGGAGACACAGGAGUAAGGCCAAAGAAAGAGGACCUGAGUGUGAGCAUUCAGAUGGAGGAGAGCGGAAACACAGACGACAUCGCCAUGAGGGUGAAGGGAAGAAAGAAAGAGGGGUGCGACAUCGUAACAGGAGGGAUGGCCAUGCAAGUGGGCCAACUCUCUCCACAACCCGUCCCAUUCAGAAGACUCUAUCCAGGCAGGACAGUCAGUACAGUGAAGACCUGGACAAUGCCAUGAACAACAAACUUGCUACCCAGCCACAUGAUAGUCUGCUCAAUCUGGCCAACACUGCCCACUCUGCCGGCCUGGCACAUACUGGCACCGAGAGCAGCCUCAUCCUCACCAACCCUUCCUCUACCAUUGCUAAUGUUACUAGCACCGGUCACCUUGGUAUGAAUCCUGAGUACACUGCCGUGGACAUUCCUCCCAUGUUCCCCUCCAGUAAUGCCAUCCUACAGGUCAAUAAGAACGCCAACACUGAGCCUCUGCCAAAGAAGGAAGACACAAAGGGUGACGAUGAUGAUGAUGAGAAAGAUGACGGAGGACCUAAGCCCAUGCCACCCUACACCUCAAUGUUCAUUCUGACCACCACCAACCCAUUUCGGAGAUUGUGUCACUAUAUUGUCACACUGAGAUAUUUUGAGAUGUGUAUUCUACUGGUUAUUGCUAUGAGCAGUAUUGCCCUGGCUGCUGAAGACCCCGUCUGGCCUGAAUCUCCCCGCAACAAUGUCCUACGAUACUUUGACUAUGUGUUCACUGGUGUGUUCACAUUUGAGAUGCUAAUUAAGAUGGUAGAUUUAGGUCUUGUUCUGCAUCAAGGCUCAUAUUUCCGUGACCUGUGGAACAUCCUGGACUUUAUUGUGGUUAGUGGUGCCCUGGUGGCGUUCGCCUUCACAGGAAACAGCAAAGGGAAAGACAUCAGUACUAUCAAGUCCCUGCGUGUGCUCCGAGUACUGCGGCCGCUGAAAACCAUCAAACGUCUGCCAAAGCUGAAGGCUGUCUUUGACUGUGUGGUGAACUCUCUGAAGAAUGUGUUGAACAUCCUCAUCGUCUACAUGCUCUUCAUGUUCAUCUUCGCUGUGGUGGCUGUGCAGCUCUUUAAGGGACGUUUCUUUUACUGCACUGAUGAAUCCAAGGAGUUUGAGCGCGACUGCAGGGGCGAAUAUCUGGUCUAUGAAAGAGAUAACGAAGUGAGGGCACAGAAGCGGGAAUGGAAGAAAUACGAUUUCCACUACGACAACGUGCUCUGGGCCCUUCUCACCCUCUUCACCGUAUCUACGGGAGAGGGGUGGCCGCAGGUGCUAAAACAUUCAGUGGAUGCGACCUACGAGAAUCAGGGCCCGAGCCCAGGUUACCGGAUGGAAAUGUCCAUCUUUUACGUGGUGUACUUCGUGGUCUUCCCCUUCUUCUUCGUCAACAUCUUCGUGGCUCUUAUCAUCAUUACUUUCCAGGAGCAAGGAGACAAAAUGAUGGAGGACUAUAGCCUGGAAAAGAAUGAGAGAGCCUGCAUAGACUUUGCCAUCAAUGCUAAGCCGCUCACACGGCACAUGCCCCAGAACAAGCAGACCUUCCAGUACCGUAUGUGGGAGUUUGUGGUGUCUCCUCCAUUUGAAUACACCAUCAUGGCCUUGAUCGCGCUCAACACUAUUGUCCUUAUGAUGAAGUAUGAUGGAGCAUCGCUUACUUAUGAAGAUGUGCUAAAAUACCUGAACAUAGUGUUCACCUCUCUAUUCUCCAUGGAGUGCAUAUUGAAGAUCAUAGCCUUUGGAGCACUGAACUACUUCAAAGAUGCCUGGAACAUCUUCGACUGUGUGACUGUACUUGGCAGCAUCACUGAUAUUUUAGUCACAGAGCUGGGGAACAACUUCAUAAAUCUGAGUUUUCUAAGGCUCUUCAGAGCUGCUCGUCUCAUUAAGUUGCUCAGGCAGGGUGAGACCAUACGCAUCCUGCUCUGGACUUUUGUCCAGUCUUUCAAGGCUCUGCCGUAUGUGUGCCUACUCAUCGCCAUGCUGUUCUUCAUCUACGCCAUCAUUGGCAUGCAGCUGUUCGGGAACAUUGAGAUCGAGGAGAACACUGACAGUGCCAUUACCCAGCACAACAACUUCAGGACUUUUUUCCAGGCCCUAAUGCUGCUCUUUAGGAGUGCUACAGGUGAGGCAUGGCAUGACAUCAUGCUGUCAUGUCUAGGAAAGAAGCCGUGCGAUAUUCUCUCUGGUAACAAGGAGGCAGAAUGCGGGAGCGAGUUUGCCUACCUCUAUUUUGUCUCCUUCAUCUUCCUCUGUUCAUUUCUGAUGCUGAAUCUGUUUGUGGCUGUGAUCAUGGAUAAUUUUGAGUACCUGACACGUGACUCCUCUAUCCUGGGACCCCAUCACCUGGACGAGUAUGUGAGGAUCUGGGCAGAAUAUGAUCCUGCUGCUUGCGGGCGCAUUCAUUAUAAGGAUAUGUACAGUUUAUUGCGAGUUAUCGACCCCCCUCUGGGCUUAGGCAAGAAAUGUCCUCAUAGGGUGGCCUGCAAGAGACUGUUGCGGAUGGAUCUGCCGGUUGCUGAUGACAACACAGUGCACUUUAAUUCUACCCUUAUGGCCUUAAUCCGAACCGCUCUGGACAUCAAGAUCGCCAAGGGAGGUGUAGAUAAACACCAGAUGGAUGCUGAAUUAAGGAAGGAGAUGAUGGCGAUAUGGCCUAAUCUCUCUCAGAAGAACCUGGACCUGCUGGUGACUCCUCACAAGUCGACAGACCUGACAGUAGGAAAGAUCUACGCUGCCAUGAUGAUCAUGGAGUAUUAUCGGCAAAGUAAAGCCAAACGGACACAAGCUCUCCAUGAUGAGCAGAAUCGAACGCCAUUAAUGUUUCAGCGUCUGGAGCCGCCAUCUCCAAGCCAGGAUGUGGGACCAGGACUCACUGGCCUUCCUGACACACAAAUGCACCCUGCAAAUCAUCUGCCUGUUGAUGAAAGGAUACCGGAGAGCCAAUCAUGGGUAACGGCGCGAGCACAGGAGAUAUCUCAAAAAGCAGGCAACUGGAGUCCAGAAGGCCAACAUCCAGAUGACACCACAGACAACAGAAGGCAGUCUCAGACAGUAGAGAUGAGAGAGAUGGGGCGGGACGGGUACUCGGACACAGAGCAAUAUCUGCCGAUGGAAGGCCAUGGCAGGGCUGCUUCCAUGCCUCGACUCCCAGCAGACAACCAACAGCCACGGAGGAAAGGGCGUCACCGGGGAGAAAAUCUCACUCCCAUCACAGAUAACAGUCCUAUGAAGCGCUCGGCUUCAUCUUUGGGACACGGGCGUGCAGGACGCUCCAUGCGAGGUGAGGAUUAUGCCAUGGAGAGGGUUAUCCCAGAAGAGGGUCACAGGCAUGGGCAUCGCCACCGAGACCGUAGUCACCGGGCGUCAGAACGCUCCCUGAGCCGAUACACUGAUGCUGACACAGGUCUUGGUACUGACCUCAGCACAACUACACAGUCAGGAGACCUGCCAUCCAAGGAGAGAGACCGUGGCCGAGCCAAAGACCGCAAGCACCAUCAUCAUCACCAUCACCACCACGGCUCUUUAGAUAAGGAGCACUACAGUCAUGAGAGAGACAGAGGAGAUUACGGCCACAGACAGUCCAGAGAGAGAGACCGCCGCUGGUCCCGCUCACCCAGUGAGGGCAGAGAGUGUCUGACUCACAGACAGGGCAGUAGUUCAGUAAGCGGCAGUCCAGUCCCGUCCACCUCCGGGACCAGCACCCCCCGCCGUGGCCGCCGUCAGCUCCCUCAAACCCCUGCUACACCCCGGCCACAUGUCACCUACUCACCCGUGGUCCGUAAGCCCAUCAGCAGUACACCCCCUCCUGGCCAGCAAAGCCGACUCCCUACCCCAACCUCCCGGCGCUUCAGUCCGCCUGGCCCCGAGCCCCCGCUUCCCCCUCACCACCACCCGUCACCACCCCACCACGGCUCUCCCCGCUCCGGCCGACAUGCACACUGGGGCCCCGAGCCUGCAGAGAGCGUGGAGGGCGACGGCUUCUAUGAUGACCAAGACUAUGAGUUCAAUCACCACGAGCCUCCGUCCUACGAGCAAAGCCCUGUGCAGGGCAACCCUCACCCCCAUUCCCCUAGGACUUCCCGCCACAACACCCCUCCUCAGGGCCAAGCGCACCCACGGCGCAUGCCAAACGGCUACCGCUCGUCUUCGCCCUCUCCGCACCACCACGCGCCCGCUCACCCUGGAACUCAUAAACCUCCUCAUCCCAGAGGGCCCAGAAAGGGCCUCCAUGAACCCUACAGUGAGACUGACGAGGAUGACUGGUGCUAGCCUCUGGGACGGGGAGGGCCGAGUCCUUGCGCUUUCUGGAAUGGACAACUGGUGAAACAGUGGCCCAUCUGUCCAGGGAAACACACGGCAGUGUGCUGAAUGUCCACAGGGGAAAUCAAGGCAUGAUUCCUUUCUUUCUAUUUCUCGUUUCUUUUACGAUUCCUCUGCUGCCGAGUGUUUCCCUGAAAGCUGACAGUGAACAUUUAAGCCUGGCGAAUAUGAAAUCUUGUUCUUAGCCUUUUUUUCCUGAAGAAUACAAACAGUUUUUUUGAUAAGGAGGAGGAAUGUCUGAACUUUUCUUUUUCCAGGACAUUUCACGCAGUCCCUCCAGAAAUGAGACGCUAUGAACACUUUAGCACUCAUUUAAAGAAACAACAACAGCAACAAAAAAAAGAUGAAUCACUUUUUAUUUGACAGAACUUGACUGGAGAUUCGUUUAUUGCAAAAAUCAGUCCAGAUGCUGGGAAAUAUUGAUGAGUUUUAUCAUCUGUGUUUACUGUUAUUAAUAAUCCCAGUGAAAGGGGGUGCGGGUAAGUUGGGUGGGAGCUGGAUCUGGGCGGAGGUGAACUCUCACCUGAACUAAAAUUAGUUAAGCCCACCCUGCACUUCAGACCCCCAAACGCAAGAAAAGAAACGUACACACAAACACAGAGACACACACAUACACACACACACACACACAAAAAAAUCUAAUAGGAGAGAAAAAAGUGAAAAAGCUCCUCACUCUUUCUUCUACGGCUUCGUCUUCUGCUUCUCAUUGGAAACAUUGGAGUUUGAAUCUUCUGUUGCACUGCCCAGCUUUGUUUGAACUCCUAGAAAAUAAAUCCCUUGGAAAUCCUGCAUGAUUGAAAAAAAAGAAAAGAAAACAAAAAAAAAAAACAAGUUUAAAAAAAAUACACAAAGAAACUUUGAGUAAAAUGGGGGAAGGGGGGAUCGAUUCCUUGGCUCUUUUGUCAUGUCCGUGUCGUUUUCUCUCUCUUUCUCAUCAAAGUCUCCUCCCUCUCUCUCUCUUUCAUGGCUCUCUGUGAUCCCUCUCUCCUCAAGAGGAGAAGAAGCCAUUGCUAACACUCAAACUACUAGCAAUUGGGUGACCAGAGAGAUGUCUGCAAGGUUUUAUACCAGAUUUGGUGCCAAAUACCACAUACAGUAAAACGUUAUGAAUGGAAAAUAAAUGGAUAGCACAAUUGCUUUUAAGCUUAAGACAUUUUAUAACCUUUUAUUUCACUGUAUAGUUGAUUAGCUCACUUGCACAAGAAUGCAGAUGUAGUAGCACAUAAAGCAAGCAAAGGACAUGCAAUUUUCCUUUCCACCACUGAAACAACAUGCUCUUCCAGUCUUCCAGGGUAAAUGCAGAGAGAGAGAGAGAGAGAGAGAGAGAUAGUCGAGGGGAGAAAGGAGAGAGAGAACCGCUCCAUCUUUACAUAUGAUUUCAUGUUGAUAAUGACAAUGUGUGUGUAUAGAGAUGAUCACAUAAAUGCUGAUAAUUAAUGAUGAUGGUGAAGAUAAUUAUGAUGAUGAUGAUGAUUUUGAUUUCGUUUUCUACCUGUUUUGUAUUUGACUCAGCUGCUCUUUGUAUUGCCAUACUUGUUUUCAUGUGAGUUUUGUGUAGAUGGUGUGUGGAGCUCUGUGAUAGUGAUCAUUAUGGGCCAUGACAGAAACCCAUCUGACCUUCAGUCCACGUCCUCCACUUGGGCUGUUUCCAUGACACAUCAGUGAGAGUUAAUGACAGUUCGAAGCAUGCAUCUGAUCUCGAGUCUCUGUAACUGUGAACACUUUUUAUCAAGAAGGAAAAAAAAAAGCGAAGUAAAAAGAAAGUAGAGGAAGAGCCAACUAGUUAUCGACCAUGUAAGUGUGAUAUAAACGUCUAUAAUGUCUAAACAAUAUAAGCUGACAAGGAUUAAUUAGGUUAAGUUUUAUAGAUAUUUUUGAAAUAUUUUCUCUAUUUUCUGUUAUUUAGUACCUUCCUUUUAAAAUAAUUUCAAAUAUUUUUAUUGAUUUACAUUAUUUUUGUAAUUAUCUAUUUAUAAUUUUUUGUAUACCUUUAAACCAGUGGGUUUCAACCAGCAGGGCAGAAGCCCAAAAAUUAUUAAAUAAUACUUAUUAUAAAGACAAAACAAUAAUAAUAUAUUAUAAUAAUCUGAGAAUGGAAUUACAGAAUAAGUUGCUGUCUAUUCAUUUAAUUUAAGGCAAGGCACUGCAGCCAAAAACACCUAUCAGUUUAAAGAUUGUCUUUUUUCAGUCUAAUGUAAAAAAAACAUCCAAAAUACACCUCUAGGGUGUUUAACUAUUUAAUUACAAUGCAUAUUCGAAAAUUCUUUUUUUCAUCACAAUUUGUUGAGGCAUAAAUCUCCACUUCAGUAGCUUUUAUACACCCCAGACCUCACAUUUCUAUUCAUAUCUGUAUUGAUAAUGUUUUUACAGAGGGAAGUGUUCUUUUCUGGCUGUUUGCAGCAUUUACUGAAUCAUGAGACAUAGAAAUGACAUUCCCCAAAAACCACCGAGUCAAAAUAUGAUUAAAACAAAAACUAUUUUGAGUUUUAAAUUUGAGCUGAUGCAUUUUUUGUGCAAAAUGAGCAAAUCAGCACAUAUUUAACGAACUAAUGCAUCAUUUGCAUAUUUAAAACAUUUUUAAAAACUUGUAAAACAAAGUGUAUACGCUUAAUGCAAUCAAUCAGCUGGGGAAGUAUGGUGAUAACUAUUAGUUUUACCUUAUUCACCUGCAGUGUCUUGACUUAAAAUAUCACAACUACCCCUUUAAAAAUAAAAGAUAGAAAACAAGCAGCUUUGUCGUAAAUGACAGCAGAAAUGGCAUAAAUAUCUCAGCCUAUGCCAGGCCUAAAAGUCCUGAAGAAAUUUGAAUGGCGAGAAGGUAACUGAGCUCCACUACCUCUACUUGACCAGCAGAUGGCGCUGUGAUCCACACUGCUCGGCAGCCAGUGAUUUCUCUGGCUCCGUCAGUCUCACCUUUUUCUGUUCCAUGUUUUUAUGUCAAUGACCUGUACACUGAGAGUAGUACUAUGUGUCUGUCACCGAUGGUGCACCGUUCUGUGUUCAGGAAAUGUAACACAGCCAAUCAAACUGCACAGAAACAUGUAACACCGCCAAUCAAAUUGCAUGGGUGAAAACAAUGACCGGGCCUUUUCUGCCAAAAACCUGUCUGUUGUGUCCCACUGAUCUUUGUGUCUCUUCUGCCCAUGUUAUCCAUCGUCAUCUCGGCCUUCUUUUACAAGGCAGAAUGACUCCGCAUACACAAGACACGCUGCCGAAAGAGUCCAACUUUGCAGCAUGCGCAAAUGAAACAAUGUAUGUAGCAUUUACUAACAUAUUAUCAUUCACAACCCCACUUGAGCGAGUCCUGUAUGUAGCAUUACUGAUAAAACUGGUAAGUCUGUGGCUUUACUUGGAGAUUAGUGUGUCCACGACUAGCGAGUAUAUGUGUCCCCUUGUUAUUACUUAAUUUAGUUUGAGAACUGCAUUCUUAGGGAUGUAUUACUGAGAUUUAUCAGUGCCUUAAUUCAGUCUUAUUUAGUAUUUAUGUCCUCAAUAGCAGUUUAAAAGAGUUUCUUUUGGGUUCUUUUAUCCACAGUUGGCAGUUAGCUUGAAAGAUUUACUUUUUACACGGACAGAAUCUAAAUAUGCAAUAUGAAGCCGUUUUAAGUUGGAAGAUGCAUAGAGGGGAAUGAUAUCGCUACACUAAAAAAACGGGUUGUUUCAGCUCAAAUUGGAGUAAAAUAUGGACAAACGCACUGAAAUAUUGGAAAUGUAAUUUGGGUUGGGUUUUCCAUAACUCAAAUGUGGUCUGAAAACAACCAACAUUUUUAGAGUGUGUCUCAAAAAUCACCUUGUGAAUGAUCUCAAUCUCAUUUGCAUGCAGGAUGUUCUCUCAACUUCAGUCUAUGUGUGUGUGCGUGAAGCUGUAAGAGAAAACACAUGCCGUAGGUUGGUUAGAACAUUGACAUUUCUCAUUGUCUGUCAUAAAUCAUUAUUACUAACAACCUCUGGUCAUAUUUGGCAAAAACAAAUGCCUAUUUAAAGAACAACGCCAAUGUGGGAGCCACACUGUAAAAAGAUUCAACUUAAAAAAUAAGCAAGUUUUUGUCACAAAUUAAAAAAAAAAAAAGAUGUAGAGAAGCAUUUACCUCGAGAACUGCAUGUGCAAUGUGCAUGCCACAGCGUUUGAUAAAAAGUCAGCUGCAGGAAUUAAAAAAAUGUUUUGUAGAAAAAAAAACACAAGUACAGAUAAAUCUUUUUUAAAGUAAUAUAUUCCUUUAUGCUCUAUUUUUUAAAACUAACAAAAAAAACAUGUUCUGGGGAGGAAAAUCACUUUGAAAGUUGUUUUUCUUUCUUUUUUUCUUUCUGUUUCUAGCUGUUUUUUUCUUCUUCUUCUUCUGCCAACUAGACAGAGAGACACUUCAACACUAUGUUCAGGGCACGUCAAUAUGACUACUGUCACAAAAAAGAAAGAAAUA